CACCGGGUACUCCAGUUCCCUUUCAACCAUACCACUUCAUCAUCCCUUUAUUCUUUUGACAUUGCAAAGACACUGCUAGGUAGAAGUCUUUACCAACUACGUAAAGCAACUAAUCCCCCUGUCCUCCCCUUGGUUAGUUACUCCCCUUGGUUUCCCACCGGAUUUCGCGCUCGUCUGCUACACGCGGUGGCGAGGGCUGACCACGCGGUAAUAACGAUGGCACAAAUCCUUGAUGGGAAAGCUGUUGCAAGUGACAUCCAAAACAAUCUGAAAGAGGAAAUUAAAAGACUGUCAGACCAGUUCCCAGAGUUUAUUGCUGGCCUAGCAAUUUUACAGGUUGGAGAUAGAAGUGACUCCAAUGUAUACAUAAAUGCAAAGCUGAAGGCAUCAAGAGAAGUAGGAAUAACAGCACAGCAUAUCAAACUGCCACGCUCAUCAGCCCAGAGUGAGAUUAUUGAGGCAGUGCAGCGGUUGAAUGAAGAUCCAAAUGUUCAUGGGAUCAUUGUUCAGCUGCCUUUGGAUACAGAUAGUGUUGUAGACACACACUUGGUAACAAACACCAUUUCACCUGAUAAAGAUGUUGAUGGACUUCACCAGAGCAAUGCUGGUCAGUUGGCAAGGGGUGAUCUGGGCAGCUGCAUUGUGCCAUGCACUCCUCGUGGUUGUCUGGAACUUAUUCUUCGGACAGGAACAGAGAUCCAGGGAAAGCGAGCUGUGGUACUGGGCCGGAGCAAGAUUGUUGGUGCACCAAUGUCCAACCUUUUGAUGUGGAAUCAUGCUACAGUGACCAUUUGCCACUCAAAAACUGUUGAUCUUAAAACUGAGGUUAGCCAAGGAGACAUAGUAGUCGUGGCAAUCGGUCAACCACAGUUGGUGAAAGGAGACUGGAUCAAACCUGGAGCAGUGGUGAUUGACUGUGGCAUCAACUCCAUUCCAGACAGUACAAAGAAAGCUGGCUACCGUCUAGUUGGAGAUGUGGAAUUUAAGAGUGCCAAGCUUGUGGCCUCCUGGAUUACACCUGUACCUGGUGGAGUGGGGCCUAUGACAGUGGCUAUGUUACUCAAGAAUACUGUAGACCAGGCCAGGCUGGCUUUCCAGAAGGCUGGGGGUGUAACUCAGUGGUGUUUGCAACUGCUGCCCCUCUCUUUGAAAACACCUGUACCCAGUGAUCUGGAUAUCGCCCAGUCUCAGGUGCCCAAAGACAUUGAUGUACUAGCACGAGAGAUAAAUCUUCUGUCUGAAGAGGUUGAUCUUUAUGGCAAGAAGAAGGCUAAAGUUUCUUUGAAGGUUCUAGAUCGGCUGGCUGGCCAAAAAGAUGGAAAGUACAUUGUUGUCACUGGCAUUACUCCAACUCCCCUUGGAGAGGGCAAAAGUACUACCACAGUGGGUCUGGCCCAGGCUCUAGGGUCACAGCUGAAAAAGAAUGUGUUUGCCUGUGUGAGACAACCUUCACAAGGUCCCACAUUUGGCAUAAAGGGUGGGGCUGCAGGAGGAGGAUAUUCGCAGGUGAUUCCCAUGGAAGAGUUUAAUCUGCACUUGACAGGUGACAUUCAUGCAAUCACUGCUGCCAACAACCUUUUAGCUGCAGCCAUUGAUGCACGCAUUUUCCACGAGGCCACGCAGUCAGAUGAAGCCCUUUACAAGCGACUUGUCCCUUCUAAAGAUGGCAAACGAGAGUUUUGUAAAAUCCAGCUUGGACGAUUGCAGAGACUGGGCAUUACAAAAACAAGCCCAAAGGAACUGACUGCUGAGGAAGUGAAGAAAUUUGUAAGGUUGGACAUAGAUAAGGAUACCAUCACAUGGCAGAGAGUGAUGGAUACAAAUGACAGAUUCCUGCGAAAAAUUACCAUUGGUCAAGGACCUGAGGAGAAGGGCAUGACCCGAGAGACACAGUUUGACAUUACAGUUGCUAGUGAGAUCAUGGCCAUCCUAGCAUUAACCACUGACCUUCGUGACAUGCGCCGCCGACUGGGAAUCAUGGUAGUGGCUAGCAGUAAAUCAGGUGAUCCCGUUACUGCUGAUGAUUUGGGCAUAGGUGGCGCUCUCACAGUUUUGAUGAAAGAUGCUAUUCGCCCUAAUCUUAUGCAGACACUAGAGGGUACUCCAGUCUUUGUCCAUGCUGGACCUUUUGCAAACAUCGCCCAUGGCAACUCUUCCAUACUGGCAGAUAAACUGGCUUUGAAGAUUGUUGGAGAAAAUGGUUUUGUGGUGACUGAAGCUGGCUUUGGCGCAGAUAUUGGCAUGGAAAAGUUUUUCAAUAUUAAAAGUCGUUACUCAGGCCUUACCCCAAAUGCUGCUGUGCUUGUGGCCACCAUAAGAGCACUUAAGAUGCAUGGAGGUGGGCCAACUGUUACAGCCGGCAUGCCACUUCCCAAGGAAUAUACUGAGGAGAAUGUGAAACUCGUGGAAGAAGGGUGCAGCAAUCUCAUGAAACAAAUUGAGAAUGCCAGGUUCUUUGGCGUACCUGUAGUUGUGGCAGUGAAUGCUUUUGCAACCGACACACCAGAUGAGCUGGAGGCUGUACUGAGGAUUGCACGGAGCAGUGGAGCCUUCGAUGCUGUCAUCUGCAAUCACUGGGCUAAAGGUGGUGCAGGUGCUGUGGAGCUGGCUGAAGCAGUCCAGCGUGCAGCUGAGCAGCCCAGCAACUUCCAGUUCCUUUAUGAUGUUAAGUUGCCCAUUGAGGAAAAAAUUGAAAUCAUUGCCAAGAAGAUCUAUGGUGCUGAUGGCAUUGAGCUCCAGCCGCUAGCCCAAGAGCAGAUAGCUCGUUAUAAGAGGCAGGGCUUCAAUGACUUGCCAAUCUGUAUGGCUAAGACACAUCUGUCACUGACACAUAUGCCAGAGAAGAAGGGAGCACCAAAGGGCUUUGUGCUUCCCAUCAGAGAAGUACGAGCCAGUAUUGGAGCAGGUUUCAUCUACCCUCUAGUAGGCAAGAUGAGCACGAUGCCAGGACUUCCCACACGGCCAUGUUUCUAUGACAUUGACAUUGACCCUGACACUGAAGAGAUUGUUGGCUUGUCAUAAUUGACCCCGACACUGAAGAAAUUGUUGGCUUGUCAUAAGUGUCUGUGGUUUUGUUUGAUCUUUUUAUGAAAAGACUUUAAAAACUUUGUCACACAUCAGAGGCCUCUGUAAUUUUAAAAAAACAACAAAACCUCACUUUUUUCAUAAGGCAUUCUUGGCAGGUUUCACAAUUUGUGUGAGGGGAUUGACAACUUUUGAUGCAUUUAUAAAUUUAAUCACUUUCAAAUGUUUCUUUUUUUAAGCCGUUUAAGCGGAAAGAAGAUACUUCUUGCUUAUUUGUUGGCAUUAGACAUUCUGUUUUCUGAAUACUUGAUUUUAUAUGUAAGGUGAUGUUCAUAAGUGUAAAGCAUGUUGAUGGGAAUGUAAAAGAGAUGCAUAAAAAAAUUUGAAAGGUUUUGGAAAAUCAUUGACCUUAUUAUGAUUAUGCUUUCUUGAUAUUGCAUUUAUAUUUUAUUAUCCAAGGUCUGUGGUUCAUUUUUGUUUGUGCUGAUUUUCAUUUCUCAGGAAGACUGUAAUCUGUAAGGAUUUAUUUUCAUAAGUGAAUUUUUAGUCAUGAAAUGGAGAUUUCAGGAUUUAGAAAAUGUGAAAUUAAACCUUUAACAAUAUUUGAAUGACUGAGCAACUGUUUCAUGAUUGUGAUACUUUUUGUCUUCUUUGGAAAUGUUAGAAGAAAGGGGUAUUUAUCUAGAAGCAGCAGUUCAUAAAUCAAAAAGAGGUUCUAAUAAAGUUUUAUCUUUGCUAAA